CGUUGGCAGCCCAAGGUCAAACAUAAUUUGUAGUAAUCGGUCCUGGUCGAUUGUGUUAAACGCGGAGCUAUAGUCCACGUAUACCGCAUAGACAUCUUUUCCAAACAGUGCGGCAUCCUCAAGGGCAUGUACUAAAUUUAGGACCUGCCUUUCGGUGUUGCAGUAGGCACGGAAGCCUUCCUGUGCUUCACUGAAUAGCUGGAGGGGGCCAGCCAGUUCGCCAAUGCGUGGAUAUCCACCAUUGAUGGCUGGUCGGGUCGGCCCGGAACUGUGGGAUGGCCGGGCGGGCACUAUCGCAUACCCCGGUCGGUCCGCCCGCAGCGCAUCAUGUCCCCAUGCAGCGGCGCCUCAUGCCCAACUCGCCUGGCCAGCACCAGCCUUUCAUACCCGUCUCGGCUCACUAUUUUACAGCAGACAGUCAGCCUUCGCGUCAGCACGGCCGCAGCUAGGCAGCCACCCUGCUGGUUUGUUUUCUGCGCCGGCGUCGACGUUUUGAGAACCGCCAUGCCGCACCCUCCUUUCUGCCGUUCUCUUUCCUCUUGUCCUCGCAUGUACGUACUACUCCUGGCUCACCGCGGAUGCCUGGCUGCGUUCCAGGUGGGGUUCGCGUUAUCACAACGCAUCGCAGCCUUCACUUGGUAGUCUGCGGCCAGUCUACGCCAGCCCAGCCUCCGACAGCCGUAUACACCAGCUGAGAGUCACAGGCUUUAGGACGCCGGAGUGGCGCAGCUUGGCGCGCGGUUAUCUCGUCAAAGGUAACGUAGCAGUUGCGGUCGCUGCUCACGCUUUUCUCUUUGCUUGUGCUAGCUCAUGGCCUCGGCUCUACAACGUCAUGUUCGCUUGUGCGUGUUGUGUUUUUCAAGCACGUCAAUAGCACAGGGAUAAUCGCCCCAUUGACUAGUGUUGCGGAACUAGCUAAUGCGUACAUAGACCAGAGCGGAAGGCGGAGUGGGCUUGCAGGCGGCACGAGAAUAGGCAGUCAGUAGCGCAAGUUGCGAAUUCACAUGUUGCCUCGUAACCGACGGUAAACGCUGUGGACGGUCGCGCCCAUGGCUGGCUGACGGAAGGUGGCUGCUGUAUUGGGAUGGCUGGGCUGGACGACGGCGGCCGGGCUGGCGUUGGGACUACCAGAAAGGAUGCGCCCGAAACAGUAAGCGAGUAACCAUAAGGAGUGGGCAGGAGCGGUCUACAGGAUCGCCCUGGAUAGGGGACUAGAGCGAGAUAGUGUGGAGCGGCAAAACAGCGGGCAGCAGCAAGCAUUGAAUAGAACAUGCGUCGCGGCAAUGGGUGACAAGGGUUAAACAUCACUCGCUGCACCAACUGCAACAGCGAGAGGCCACCGGUGAAUAUGUUCACCAUUCUUGUGGUUCGGAAGUAUGAAUUUACAGAAGCAUCACCGUGAAUGGCAGGCCGAUGUGCUUAUUAACAAUGCUGUCGACAGUGAAUGGUUUGAGGCGCAUACUUGUAUUUGGUUGAAAUCGCGCACGUCACCGGGCGGGGCCGGGCGGUGCAUGCGUGUCGCUGAACUGCGGUGUGACAGGAACGCAAAGGGGAACGGGCCGGGGUACACAUUAAGCACGCAGCGGCGGGACUAGCAAACAGCCACGCAGGCCCAGCAACGCAAAUCCAGCAACCACAGCCAUGCAGACCCGCUACGUGCAACAGCCGACGCACAUGCACGCGCGGAACUCCAGUCUCCGCGCCGCCGCCACCGCCGCGGACUCCGCCUCCCGCGGGCGCAGUGGUGCGUGGCGCGGCGGACGGGCCCGGCGGUGCAUGCGUGUCGCUGAACUGCGGUGUGACAGGAACGCAAAGGGGAACGGGCCGGGGUACACAUUAAGCACGCAGCGGCGGGACAGGAAACAGCUACGCAGGCCCAGCAACGCAAAUCCAGCAACCACAGCCAUGCUGACUUCUGGGGUCGUCUCCAGACGUUUGUGACUUUGGGUAUCAGGCCAAAGGGUUGGGACACUGUCCCGUUUGCGCAUCCCUUCAUAUCUCGGGCUGUUGGUGACGGCAUGGUAUUGCGCUUGCCGUAUGACGCUGAUUCCCCGCCCCCCUCGCCGUGAGAGGUUGUGCGUGGUUGGUGGCUCUGUUUGUGGGCAGGAUGCACGUGUGGGCGACCGUUCUAGCACCUGGACGCUUGCGCCCUGGUUAGUGCGUGCGCUGUGCGUGUGUCCUGCGGCCUAGACGUUUCCCGGCACUCCUGUGCCUAGGCUUGUGGCGUUGAGGCACAGCGGUGGGGCUCUGGCGGGUUGAGGCUUGGCUAGGACUCACUAUGCGCGGAGUCACACGGACUUUGCCCGCGGGAGGGUAUGCAGCAAAGUCGGGGUUGGGCCCUGAUAGCAUGUGAUGGCUCGGCGUCUUCGGGUGCUGGGACUGUCCCCUCUGUAACAUCCGCAUCCAUACUCCCGCGAGCUGCCGCGAGUUCCCCGGCGGCCUGCCCCAUGCGGUUCCGGUGCCCGAAGGCUUCAUAGCUGAGGACACGACCGCGUCAUAGAUUUCAGCGCCGACCUCAGCGCGGAAGGUGGGUGGGAAUUUCGGGAAUCGGCUGUUUGUGAGUGGUUGGGACUACCUGUUUCCAAGCACUGUUGCACUUCCCUAGCGGGCCGUCCCAGCACUGCUGGAUGCCUGGGCGGGACAACCGGAUGGCUCGGCGGGGACUGUUGGAUGGCCCGGUCGGGCCAACCCGGGAAUGCUGGAAUGCCGGGCGGGGACCGCUGGAUGGCUGGGUCGGGGUCAUCCCAGCACUGUUGAAUGACUCUGCACGUUACACGCGGCGUGCUGUUAUGACUGCGCCGCGGACCAGGGAGGAGCGUGGGGAUAUGCCAGGGGUAGGCCGCUUCGAGCCGCGUGUUUUGUGCUUCCAUGUCAUGCCCUCAGAAUUCAACACAUUCGUUACGCCUUAGCAUCAAUACUGUAGUGAGCUAUGUACACGCUAUAGCGGCCGUUUAUGGCUAAGCGCGAAACCCCGAAAUGAUGUCUCUGCGGAAGACGUCCAGCGUUCGCUUUAGUUUACCCCGAUGAAUUGUGCACAUGUAAUAGGUUGUGUUCAUUGGUUUGGGCACAGUCUGUGACGGGAAGGGGCCGGGGCACCCGAGAUGGCCGACGCGAACCAGUGGUUCGUCCGGCUCGCUGGCCGCUGUGGGGCGACUCAAAGGACGGCCUUGAAUAUUCCUGCUUUUUUUUAUCCCAUGCCCGUGGAACCAGGAAUUGGUGCUAGAAAGACGACAGUUGCUUGUUGAUUUGCUGUGUGGCUUCAGCUUUCAGCGAAUAAACAGCAGCUUAAUAGGAACAACCUACACGCUUAUAUGAUUAUGAAACACAUUAAGACGAA